AUAUUGACGAAUGUGAAGCCGGCGAUCAUCAGUGUGUCGAGAAUCAGAUUUGUAUCAACCGAAAUGGUGGAUACAUUUGCUCUUGCCCACCGGGACUUCAGUUAUCUCGCAUGCGUAAUAAUGUAAGUCGCUGCCGAGAUAUAAACGAAUGCGACCAAGGCCAAACGUCAGUGUGCCCGUCGAAUGCUCAGUGCCUAAAUACGAUUGGUUCAUAUUAUUGCGAAUGUAAAUCUGGUUUCCAAAAGAGCAAAGGCAAUCAACAUAUUUGUUUGGAUGUGGACGAGUGUCAAGAAAUACCCGGCCUAUGUCAACAGAAGUGCGUCAAUUACUGGGGUGGUUAUCGUUGCACAUGUAAUCAAGGUUUCGAAUUGAGCACUGACAACCGUACCUGUAAGGACGUCGACGAAUGUGAAGUUCAUAAGGCAUAUAAACUUUGCAUGGGCUUUUGUUACAAUGUGGCUGGUUCUUAUGGGUGUUCUUGUCCACGUGGUUACACCUUGGACUUGGACAGGACUACUUGUCGCGAUAUAGAUGAAUGUGCUGUAAGUGGAUUCUGCACGGGACAAAACGAUGUCUGUACGAAUAUACACGGCAGUUAUAAAUGUACCACAAUACACUGUCAAUAUGGUUAUAUAAAUGAUCUGGAUCAAAAAAAUCGUUGCCGCUUGAUAAGUAAUAUAUGUAAAGGAAAUGAAUGUUACAGUAAACCAUCUGCCUACACAUACAAUUUCAUAACACUGGUUUCCAAUCUGAUGAUACCGCCAGAGGGUAGAAUAAUAUUUAGCCUGCGUGGUCCGUUGUGGUAUGAUGAUAUUGACUUUGACUUUAAAAUUAUUAAAAUCCAAGCUGCGGCGAAUAUAGAGAAAGCUUCAGAUAAUCAUUUUGAUACUGUGAAAAACAAGUAUGAGGUGCAUCUGCAACUAAAGCGUUGUUUGGAAGGCCCACAAGAUAUCGAACUGGAUCUGAGUAUGACGGUUUUCACAAAUGGCGUGCCACGUGGCAAGAGCAUUGCAAAAAUAUUUAUUUUAGUCUCACAGUACUCAUUCUAGAAAGUGUUUUUGAAAAUGGAAUGUAAACAAGAAUUAAAAGUAUUUGUUAUAUAUGUACCUACUUAGAUGAAGAGUAACUUAAUAAAUCGUGAGUUUCCUGAAUGAUAA